AUUGUGGUUGAUGGCUUGUGAAACUCACAGCGCUAUGAAUAUCUGAACAGUAGUCUGAUAGGAAAUUUUGUACAGUGUUUUGUUUAUUGAGUUGUUUUUGUCUGAAACCUAUUGUAACAUAACUUCAACUCAUUGGAUUUAGACACAGCCAAUACUAGAAAAUGAGCAGAUGUUCUUGUGCUUUAACUUUGGGUGAGUUUCUUGUUGGUGUUAAGAUUUUUCUCUUUUUUGUGGUGGAUCAUGGUCUUGAGUUAACUGGCAAAUUUAGGAUGUGAAAGUGGGUCUAAUAAAUGACAGCAUUGGCAAUAGAGAAAUGGAAGUAAACUGAAUAGCUAGGAGGUUAUUUUUGUUAAAUGCAUUUGCGUAUGUUGUUUGCAUCUAUUUUAUGUAAAACUGGUUUAGAAAUGUGUCUGUUAAUCAUAAAGCUGUCAAUCUGAUUGACAAAUGAAGGAUUAGGCUGACUGAAAUUAGAAAGAGAAAACAUUUACCCCAAAUGUGCAUUAUCGCUGAAAUGAACAUGCAUCUCACGGAUUACUGAGGCUUUUCUAAGAGUUUGUUGGUUAUUUUUUCUGGUGUGUAUUCGUGACCUAGGGAGUAAUGCAUUCUGUAUUUCAUUCAUGAAUUGAGACUGCCUCUAGGGAGCACUGUGAGAGGCUAAGGCGCCACACCAGUGAGACAGUGACUCAGUCCAGGCUGAGCUCUUUUUGGUGGUGAUCUCUAUGUGGUGCUUCUCCAUUGUCUUCGGAGCGUGUGUGUGCCAGUCUUGUAGGAGCUGAACUUGAGAACCUGGAGUUUCAUGGGUGUGUGUGAGAAUUGUGACUGCAGAAAGAGAAGUUUGUUGAAAUCAGCUAUUUAUGCAACAGGCAUCAGCAAGAUCAAACAGAACGGUAAAUCCACAUAACAGUCAACUCCGAUAACCUGCUGUCUUAGAAAUCGUGUUUAAAGUGCCAUGAGGGCAGAGUGUUUGAUGCUGGUUGCCUUGCUGGUCAUGGAAUACGUGUGCCGGAGUGAAACCCUAUCCACCUGUAAGUCUAUGGACCUGGAGAUGGUGAAGAGGAAACGCAUAGAGGCCAUCCGUGGACAGAUACUAAGCAAGUUGCGGUUGCCCAAGGAGCCAGAGAUUGACCAGGAGGAAGACCUAGAGGAAGUCCCACCUUCUCUGAUGUCCAUCUACAACAGCACAGUGGAGUUGAGUGAAGAGCAGGUACACUCAUUUGUGACGCCCACUUCGGAUGCAAUGCAGGAAGCGUACUUUGCCAAAGAGGUCCACAAAUUCAACAUGAAACAAAGUGAGAACAACAGUAAGAACCAGAUGGUCUUCAACCUGUCUGAGAUACGCUCCGUUCUAGGGAGUGAUCAACGUGUCUCUCAAGCAGAGAUCCGUAUCUUCAUCACAAAAAACCGCUUGCAUGGGGACAGGGAGCAAAGGCUGGAACUGUACAGGCUAACUGGAGACACGACACGAUACAUCAAGUCUCAUUUUGUCUCCAAAGAAUGGAACAAUCGCUGGCUGUCCUUUGAUGUCACCCAGACUCUGAAUGAGGGGCUGCAUGGGUCUGAAGAAGAGCAAGGAUUCCAACUGAAGUUGCAUUGUGAAUGUGGGAAAUCAACGGAGGAAUUCAACUUUAAUAUAUCAGGAAUGAAAAAGCCGAGGGGAGAUCAAGAAAAGUUAUUAACAAGCAACAUGCCUCACAUUUUACUAAUGUCCCUUCCUUUGGAACGCCAUAGCCAGCUCAGCUCUCGGAAGAAGAGACAAACCACCUCAGAAGAGAUAUGCUCGGACCAAUCAGAGAGUUGCUGUGUGCGAAAACUUUACAUUGACUUCCGCAAGGACCUGGGCUGGAAGUGGAUCAAUGAACCCACUGGCUACUACGCCAACUACUGCAUGGGCCCCUGCACUUACAUAUGGAACACAGAGAACAAGUACUCCCAGGUAUUAGCGCUGUACAAACACCACAACCCAGGAGCCUCUGCCCAACCAUGUUGUGUUCCACUGGUCUUGGAGCCCCUACCCAUUCUCUACUAUGUGGGACGACAACACAAGGUGGAGCAGUUGUCCAAUAUGAUUGUUAAGUCCUGCCAGUGUAGCUAGAUUUACUGUACAUAGAUCUCUGUGUUUUGGGUUAUCUUGUACUCAUGGAGAUACACAAUGGAAAUCUGCACUAUAAGGAUAAAACUAGACAUAAUUCAUGAAGGUUGCUAAUGUAAUUUUGAUAUGUUUCUGUGGUAUCUCAAGUCUGCAGUUGUAUUUUAUUUUUCUUAGCAGAGGAUUUGCCAGUUUAAUGAUUUCUGGAUGUUGUAUUUUAAAUAUUUAGUGUAUAGUGUUGUAUGGAGUUUCCUACAUGGGUCUGUAGAUCUACCAAUGUCCCAGGUGUGACAGUAGCAUUGUUGUGAAGUUGGGUUUAUGCUUCCUGGGCUAGUUCCUCAGGAAGUAGAGAGGAAGGACAGCAGAUAAAAGGGGAUUAGUUUGGGUCAACUGUUACUCAAAAUACUGAAUGUACAAUAAUGUCAACUUCCCCUAAGUAUUUGUGUCAUUCAUCUAUUUUAAAUAAAUGUAUUUGCACCACGGUC